AUGGAAUGCUACCGGUUUUCAGAAUUAACUUCCCUAAGUUUUCUAUACUUAUUUGUUCACUCAGAGUAUAAAAUGGUAAAAAAAUAUUUAUUAAUUAAAACUAUAAAUAGUGGUAAAAUUUUGAGAACCAUGUAUUUUUAUGAAUAUUUAUUCUUUGGAUCUUUCAUUUAUUCUAUGAACAGUUCAGAUACUAGCAGUGAGGUAUCCAGAUUGCAUGGGAAAGAGGUGAAUAUCGAGUUGCAUCGAACGGUAUAUGAUGUAAAUGAACAGUAUUCGCCUGGUAACAAGCGUAUAUAUUUGUUAAUGACCGAGUUUGUUUCGUUUUGUGCCUAUUUUCGUGCAUACACAGACAUAAUAUUCGCCUACUGGGACAAGAAUUACGUAUACGAGCACCUCAAGAUAUUAGCUGGAUUAAACAUAAAAUGUGUCGAAAAUAUCUACAGAAACAGAGAGAAACAAAGAGCAAACAUACUUAAACAAACGCAUGCAUUACGCAUCGUAUUACAAAACUGUACAAGAAGCACUAUCAGUAUAAGCGUUGGUCAGAUCGAAGAUACCAUCAAGUAUAUACUUGAAAUUCUUCAGCAAGAUAUUCAUUUACUCGCCCGUAUUGAUCCGUUAAAUCAUUUUAUGAAAAUACACCGUGAUUACUAUGUUAAUACUUCGAUAGUUUCGAGUAGAAAUCAGUUGGACUCGAUACUUUCGCCUGAAGGCCUCAAUUUAUAUAUUUUUCGCUUGAAUAUCAAUUCUCGAUUAUGGGAUGAUCUCUAUGCAAACUUGAGUCUAAUCAAUAAUUCGUUUAAAACCUGGGAAAAAAUACUAUCGCACGGAGUACAAAUGGUACUGGAGUGGGCAGAUAAAAUGAAGAAAAAAGCUUUAGUUAGCAAAUCAGAUGAGUUUUGA